AUGACAAGCCGGCUUGAGGCAGUAGAUGAGGAUGCGACCGUAGCUUCAGAAGAACUCACCUUCACCCAAUUCUCCGAGCCUAUAUCUCGACGUCGUCUGGCCUUUCGUCCACCGCCUGAGCCCCGUCCUCUUAGUACGACGAGUAAUCGUCUUGACGGCACUAUCGGUGACUCCGCGUCCGCUCCUGGACCAUCUAAGGCAACUGGCUCAUCACUCAGUGAAGAGGAACGUCUUCCUCGGAAGUCCAAGACAUGGAGCCAUGAUGAGAUUAUGGUUUUUUAUGAGGGCUUGAAACAGUGUGGGAAAGACUUCGAUGGCGUGAUGCGAAUUAUGGCCAAGCGAAAAGUGGAUAAAAACAAGGAACAAACGAAGAAUUACUAUUUCAAUUUACUGAAGCAUGUGAAGCAGACAAUUUCUUUAGAUGAAGACAUUGGACGUGAUGCGAAAGAACUGUUUAUCACCAUAAAUGCGUGUGAAUGGAGAAGAAGAACUCACACCAACCAGUACAUUCCAGAACGAAUGAAGGAGCUGAUUUUUUAUGGUGUGCCUGUGAAGAUCAAGACCCCACCUUGUCCUUCACUGCUCAAGUUUUUCUAUAGUAACCAACUUGAUAAAUUUCCUUCCGAAAUCAUAGUGUCGCUGAAACCGAUGACGUAUGCUGAUGCUUCUUAUGUGGCAAGUUUUUCCCAGAUCAUUCGCUUCGACUGUGACUUUCUUAAAAUGAUUGGGACUCAGAAAAAAAUUCCCAACAUACAUUUGUGA